CUUUGACGGCUGAAACCAGCUCAUCACAAACGGUGGGGGGUGAAACUCUGGGAUUCCUGAAUGUCGAUACUGAUGUGUGUUUAGAGACGGUUUGGCCUUUCCCAGAGUUCAUCGACCCUGAACAGCAGCAGACCUCAGAAGAUCAGACCCGCUUCAAACCGCCGCGCUUCACAUCGCAGACACAACCUGAGCGACGCCUGCAGAGACACAAACCCUGGAGAAGGCCUUUCUGCAACCUCCAAACCUGUGCCGACGGUGUUCCAGGUGUUCCAGGUGUGUGCGGAGACGCUGAGCAGAAUGGCGGUGGGCCUGCAGAUUGUGGGUCUGUUUCUGGGCGUGGUGUCCUGGUGUCUGCAGUCCAGCUGUACCUCCAACCAGGUGUGGAAGAUGAGGAGUCAGUCGGAGUCGGUUACCACCAGCCAGUGGCAGUUCGAGGGCCUGUGGAUGAGCUGUGCUGCCACCUCGAUGGGGUCCAUCCAGUGCAGCAAGUUCAAGACGGUGCUGGGACUGUCGGCUCACCUGCAGACCUGCAGGGCUCUGAUGAUCCUGUCCCUGCUCUUCGGUCUGACCUCCAUCGUCGUCUCCGUGCUGGGACUCAAAUGCACCAAACUCGGCAGAACGCCCGAGCAGGUCAAAGCCAAGAUCGUCCUGAGCGGAGGGAUCCUCUUCAUCCUGUCGGGUCUCUUCACUCUGAUCGCCGUGUCCUGGUACGCUGCCAGAGUCAUCAACGACUUCUACGACCCGCUCUACGGAGGAGUCCGGUUCGAGCUGGGUACUGGUCUGUAUCUGGGCUGGGCAGCCGCUGGUCUGGCCAUACUGGGAGGAUCUAUGCUUUGCUGCUCCAGUAAGACUACUCCCUCCAGCCCACCUGCUCGGCAGUUUUCUUACUACUCCACCACCGGUCGGAGCAUCUACAGAGCAGCUCCGGCCUCAGACGCCAGCGGCUCCAAGGCUUACGUCUGAACCGACCGACCUCCACCGUCCUUUGUUAGGCUCGUGCUGUUUUCUGAAACAUGGAAUCGCCUCAGAAUCACACUGCAAAUAAAAGGUCUCCUGAAGCUGUGUGGCCAAGCAGUACCAAGUGUGUCCAAGAGAGGGCGCCACAGGGAAUCGCUCUCAGAACUUCACAACAGAUCAAUUUAUUUAUUCAUUUACAUUUGACUUUUAUUAAUCACAUUUACCUGUAUGUUUGAAUUAAUUUCACAUUAUUACUUUUCUAGAGUUAACUUCAGUUUACCUUUUUUAGGAUAUUAAAGAGAGGAAAGGUUAUCAUCUAACUAAUCAUGCUGACAGAUCUGUGUGCAGUUUCCAAAUGUGACGUUGCAGAGAAAGAAACACGUGUGGUGAAAUGAAACUGAGAGAAUAAAGAUGUUUAUUAAUGCACACAAAGCUAGAAACCUACUGACAAAUUCAGCCUUUAGAUUCAUGACAUCACUGAUGAACAGACAUUAAUUAAACGUUAAAUAAAACGAUCCAUUAAAA